AUGGUGGCGGAGCUCUUGCAGAGCCCAAACUCUUCGGUGCUUCUGGUGCGCCUGGUUCAGGCGAACGCCCCUUUGACUCUCACCAACUAUUUCGGUCGUUGGAAACAUUGGGUCGAGUUCUGUCAGGUCCAAUCUGCGGAUGAAUGGGCGCCCAAGGUGGCCUUCCUCUGCGAUUUCUUGAUCACACACUGCAAAGGACUUCUGGGGUCGGCUAUCGCGUGGCUCAAGGCCUUCAGGUUCAUCUCCACGCGGCUGGAGGUCGAGUCUUUCAAGGUGGCGCUACAGUCCGAGGCAGUGCGGGCCUUUGGCAAGUGGGUGAAUGUGGUUCAGCGCAGGGAAACGGCCCCAUCCCGCUCAUUUGGUUGGAAAGGCAAGUGCUGGAUGCGGCCCAGUCAGCUGCACAUCGGAUUCGGUGUGGCUUCAUUCUGGUUUGCAUGUUUGCCAGCCUUCGUUGGUCAGAUGCUCAGUGGUCUCUUCUGGGAUGUCUGGCUGUGUCUGGUCCAGGAGGAGGUGACCCGCACUUCGGCGGCUCGUCCAGGGUUUCAACCUGACUUUCUGGUGGCCGACUUGGGACCGGAUGAACGUGCUCCUGUUUUCUUGGCUCCUUUGAGCCGUGCUGCUGGGGUGGUCCUGAUCCGCAGACUUUUGGCGAUGUGCUAUGAGACCGGCGGACCAACGGACACCACCGCCCGCCGCCGGGUCGCCAUGACCCGGUUAUACGGCAGAGAUGAUGUUUCCGGUCCCCUCUCGCUUCAGUGUUCUAUUGUCCAGGCAGUUGCGAAUGGAUUCCGGCCGCUGCGGCCGGCCCUCAGGGGCGGUGCUCCGCCACUCCCCGACGUCACAUUCUCUCUGCCCGCUUUGGAGCCGGUGGCCUCGGAUACUCGUUCCUCUUCGGUUGUACCCAGGCUCCACGACAGAGAGCCGUUGGUUCUCGAUCAAGAUUCGAGCUCUGAUUCCGAAGAUGAUGCUCCUGCGGCUCCCGAGGUCGAGUCCACAUCCGCGGCUCCGGCCGCAGCUUGGGAACUGGUGUCAUCCGGUGACGUGGUUUCUUCGCCGCAGGAUCUUGGUGAGCCAGAAGAGUUUGAAUUCUUGUUUAAUCCAAUGACGUCAAUUGUGCAUCUUGCCAAGCCUUGCAGGGCAGAUCAUCCCGCUUGUCAGUUCCGCCCCGCUCCGGACGCAGUCGGGGAUGUUCCUCUUCGACCGGGUUGCUCCAUACGAGGCAAUCUGGCAAUCGGAGCGUUAGUUCGGACAUCUGAGAUCCCGAAGGGUGCACGUUUGUGCUUGAAGCACGGGUGUGGGAAGGACCCCGCACUUGCAUCCUUGUUGGACUCUUAG